AUGCGCGCACCUUCUACCAGCGUCCAUACGCUCGCCCUCCUGAUGCUCUCGUCGGUUGGGUGGUGCUGUCAACUCUUCGACACGGAGCAGGAGCAGCAACAUCUAGAGAAGCAUGGACUUGACUGCGGCAGUUCGACACCGCAGUGUUCGUCGCCGGUUCCGCCGGAUUGGACGGAAUGGAAGACAGACGAUAGGAUUGACCACACCAUACGCGCACAUUGGAUGCGACAAGCGAACCUAGCUCUGCCAAGUCCCUGUCCAUUCGCGGCAUUCGGGUCCGUUAUUGUAAACCAUACGGCUGGCGGUCUCGGGGAACUGGUGUGUUCCGGCGCGAACAACAAUUACCUCUCGGGCAACCCGACGCUUCACGGUGAGAUGGUGGCGAUCAACAACUGCUCUGCCGUCUUCACCGACCCUCAAGGGCGGUAUAAAAUGACGCCGGCCGAGUCUCUCGCUGCCUUUGCUGAUUUGACGUUGUAUACCAACGCUGAGAGCUGCCCGAUGUGCGCAUCGGCGAUUCGUUGGGCAGGCUUCAAGGAGUACGUUUAUGGGACGAGCAUCGAUUCUCUUGUCGACAUGGGUUGGGGCCAAAUCACCCUUUCCUCAAGGGAAGUGUUUAACCAGUCCUCUAACCUAUCCCGCAAGACUGGCUUGCUUGGGCCCGUGUUGACGAAUGAGACGGAUGGGUUCUUCAGUUGGCAGUUUCGUCCAGCUACCCCAUGCCCCAAGGGCUGCUCUCGAAGCACAGAUGCCGGCAAUUGUGUUCCUGCAUGA